AUGCAGGUUCUCUCGGUUCCCCUCGCCUCUGUCACCAUCGGACGGCCGUCCUGGUGCGACGGAACGGUCCGCUCCAUUCGACGGGCGGAGCGCCUGGUUCGGCAGACUCGAGCCGGGCGGUCCGCUGCGUGCAGCCGGCCCCGGAGCGGCGGCAGCGGCGCCGCUGCAGGAGCCACCCCAGCGGGAGACCCCGCCAAAGAUAAGAUAGCGGCGGAGGAAUGCAGACCAAGGAGUCGUGACUGCGUCUGCAAAAAUAAGAUAUCAAGACCCCAAACUGCCGCAGCCAUGCUUCCUGCUGGAUCUCGGAGGACGGCGGCGGCCCCAUUCCCGCCUGCCAGCAUGCGUGAGCGUUGUGCCGGGGCCAGUGUCGCUGCAGCUGCUCAGUACAUGCGCGGAGUUCGCGAGGUUGAGGUCCAGCUGCGUAUGCAGGCGGGCAGAGUGACUGAGGAGGGUCUGAAGCUGGCGAGGGACCGAGGUCACCUGGAGAGGAUGCUGAGCAGCCUCAGGACCAGUCUGACCAUCAACCAGGGGAGCUCAAAGGGAAGAACCAGGAGGCCGUCCACCGCUGAGACGGAGAGAGAUGGUGCUGAUCACUUGCUGCUGUGGGAGAGGAGAGAGCUGGCCGAGCUGAAACAGGAUCUGCAGGGAACGCUGAAAAGCACACUGAGCCAGCUUCAAGCUCUGGGUGAGAGCAGCAGGCAGCUGCUGGACUGUGCCAGUGAGAGGGCUCGAGUACUGGAUCUGCUCCCUCUCAGUGGCUCCGCUGGAGGACGUACUGCAGCUCACACCUUCAGCAACACAGAUCCUAUCAGCCCCUCUACUCCAGAGUGUAAAAAGGCUUUAGAGUCGUCCUCUGUGACAGUCAGCCAGUCACAGCUACUAAGAGAAAACACCAGACGGAUACUAACCGGCGCCAUCAGCAGGCAGAAAGCUGCCCACCGUGCCGUCAAUGAUGGCCUGGUGAAGAAAAUUGCAGAGACGAUCACUCUGGAGCAAAGUCUGGCGCUGAUGUCUGCAGCCACCCGGCAGGCUGUGUUUCGUAAGCAGAGGGAGAUCAGCUGCAUUCGUCACAGCCACGACAGGGCACAGGGUCCAGAGUACAGCGGGGAUGUUCUGCCCAGGGAGAAGCUCGACAGGCCUCUGGUGAAGGUUUAUCAGAGACACCCGGGGACACAGUUACCUGAGGCUGCUGAGCUCAUUCAGGGCAGUGCAGUACUGAGACAGUGUCUAACGACCUCUGAGGGUGAGCUGGUGAGGCUGCAGCGCGUCCGUCUGCAGCUGCUGGAUGACCUGCAGGGCAAGAGGACUGCAGCUGAGGUCGAUGCAGCGGUUCUCCGCAUGAGGCGUCAGCAGGUCGACAGGCGAGCCAUGCCCACUUUCCUCCAGCAGGGGGCGGUGUGCCAAAGCUAACGUCUUAACCCAGUUUCCAUUAGAGCUGCAG